AUGGAAUCUAAGAAAAAAUUUGAGUCUGAUAAUAAUUCAUCAGUUGAAGGUAUGAAAAUUCCUUCGAUUGAAUUACCUGAUGAAUUAUUUGAGAAAAGUUUAGAUCCAUGGCGUUUUUCUUUAAUUGGUAGAUUAAAUUUACAGAAGAUUAAAUUUGUUGAUGCUGCAAUAAUUCUUAGAAAUCAAUGGAAAUUAAUUGGAGAUUGUAAGCUAAUUCCAUUAGGUAGAGGUUUCUUUACCAUCAAAUUGGGUUUAGGUCUUGAAUUCUGGAGUAAAUCAAUUCUAUUCAAAAUUUAUGAAGAAAUAGGAACUCCAAUUAAAAUUGAUGAAGCAACAGCUAAAUGUGAUGUUGGAUAUUAUGCAAAUGUAUUGGUUGAGGUGGAUUUUUCUUCUUCAGUUCCAAAUAAAGUAUGGAUUGGAACUAAAUAUGGGGUUUUUUUUCAAGAGAUUUCCAUUCCAGAUUGUCCAAAAUACUGCAGCUGCUGCAAAAUGGUAGGUCACUUUAUCACAGAAUGUAGAGUUGAAAAAGCAAAAAGGAAUGAAACUACUCCACAACAACCUAAGAGCUCCUUAAAAAUUCCUCAGCAGCCUAAUUCAAGUUCAACAAACACUCUGAAUGCCUUAUCUUCAGUAAGUGUUCCUAGAUCAUUGCCCUUUGAUAUUUGUGAUACAUCAGCAGAAGACAAUGAAAUCUCAGUUAUCCAUACACUUCAUGCUACUCCAACAGUUCCAGCUCAUCAAAUUAUUCACACUGCUAAUACUGGAAGAUUCAGUCCUCUUGAAUGUGUUCAAGAAAAUGUUCUUGAAGAUAUUGUGGUUAAUGAAGAUAAAAAAGAUGAUGUUGUACAAACUCCUCAAAUCAAAUUUGUAAAUGGAAAGACAGGAACUAUCUCUGAUGAAACUGUUAAGGUUACAUCAUGGUCUAAAGUGGUUGAAAAGCAAGUGAUUAAUCCUACUUCUAUUACUUCCACUUCUCAACAUUAUCCAGGUGCAGUUAAAGGUGGUAAUCCAAUUGUUACAAAUAAGAAACAUAAUCUCAGACAAAAUCAAGAACCAAAAAUUUCUUGUAAUACUUCUUUUUGCAGUCAAUUAAAUCUCUCUGGAAUGAAAAGUAUGGUGAUACACAAUUCAACCUCAACUACAAAAGGUAAUUUAUGGUUAUUUUGGAAUGCUUCUCUAUCUACUCCUCAAGUUAUUUCAAUGUCUAGCCAAAUGGUAACAGUCAGUAUUGGUGAAGUAUUAAUCUCUGGUGUUCAUGCUCAUGUUAAAAAAAGUCAUAGGAAGUUUCUCUGGUCUGAGAUGGAAAUUAUUAGUCAGAUACAAAAACCAUGGGUUGUUGUAGGUGAUUUCAAUGCUAUAAUUUCACCUGAAGAAAAAUUUGGUGGUAAAGCUCCUAACAGAAGUUCAAUGAUGGAUUUUCUUCAUUGCCUGAAUGAAUGCAACUUAAUUCAAGCUCCUAGCACAGGACAACAAUACACCUGGUCCAAUUGUCAACAAGGUACAAAAAGAAUCCUAUAUGUCUUAGAUAGAGCUGUUUUUAAUUCUUUGUGGUUACAAAAAUAUGGUGAUUGGGGAUAUAAGGUUGUAUUAAGGAUAAUUUCAGAUCAUGCUCCUUUAUUAUGUGGUUGUGCAAGUAUACCAAGACCAAAAAAUGUUCCCUGGAAAUUUCAGAAAAUGUGGAUUGAUCAUCCAUUAUUCUUAAGUGAAGUGAAGAAAGUAUGGACUGAGAAUAUUAUUGGAGAUCCAUCAUUUAUUUUCUUGCAGAAGCUAAAGAAUUUUAAAAAGGUUCUAAGUGAGUGGAAUUGGAGUAUUUUUGGUAACAUUAAUACAAAAAUUAAAGAGGCAGAAGUGAAGGUUCAAAAACCAAUGGAGCUAUCUGAUCAAAAUCCCUUAAAUGAAGAUCUCUUAGCCAACUUAGUAGAAGCUCAAAAUGAAUAUGCAACAAGAGAAGUUCAAGCAAAUACUCUUAUGAGACUUAAAUCCAGAGCAAAAUGGAUUAAAGAUGGUUCUGCAAACACUGCAUACUUUCAUGCUAGAAUGAAGAUUAGACAAGCAAGAAAUACAAUCAGUGAACUAGAAGAUGCAGAUGGAAAUAUUAUUAUUAUUACAAAUGAAGAUCAAGAAAUGUUGGACUCCAUUCCCAUCACAGAAGAAAUCAAGAAAAUUGUUUUUGAAAUGAACUCAGAUAGUGCACCUGGUCCAGAUGGAUUUCCUGGAUCAUUUUAUAAAAGUGCUAAGAAACCAAGUCAAUACAGACCAAUUGGAUUAAGUAAUGUAUUAUUCAAAAUUUUCACAAAGAUAAUUUCUGUCAGAAUGAAUGGACUCAUGGAGAAGUUAAUUUCAUCACAACAUGCUGCUUAUGUUAAAGGGAGAAGCAUUCAAGAACAAAUACUUCUAGCUUCAGAGAUGGUUAAUGAAAUGAGGAAAAAGAGAAGAGGUGGUAAUGUGGCUUUGAAACUGGACAUAUCUCAGGCUUAUGAUUCUGUAAGUUGGACUUUUCUUCUUAAAGUUAUGCGCAAAUAUGGAUUUUCUUCAUCUUGGUGUAAUUGGUUGUUAAGCAUUUUUGAAUCUGCAAAAUUAUCAGUAAUGAUCAAUGGAGGACCAUGUGGUUUUUUUUCAAUGCAUAGGGGUCUUAAGCAGGGUGAUCCAUUAUCCCGUAUUUUAUUUAUUUUGAUGGAGGAUGUAUUGAGUAGGAAUAUCACAAAUUUGGUUAAUACAGGGCAAAUAACUCCAAUGGUAGUCAGGAAUGGAAUAUACCCAACUCACUUAUUUUUUGCUGAUGAUGUUUUCUUAUUCUGCAAUGGAGCUAAGAAGACUUUGCUUUGUCUAUUCAAGUUGAUUGAAAAAUAUCAACAUAGCUCUGGUCAGAUGAUUAACAAAUCCAAAAGCAAGUGUUUUAUUGAUGGCACCAAUUCAGUCAGAAAGCACCAAAUUAGCAGUAUAAUUGGUAUGGAUAUAUCUUGUUUUCCAGAUAAGUAUCUUGGUAUCAUUCUAGCUCCAGGAAGGGUAACUACAGAAAUGGUCUGGCCAAUGGUACUUAUGCUUCAGAGUAAACUUGCAACUUGGAAAGGAAAACUACUAUCCGUUCAUGAUAGAAUGAUUCUUGUUAAAACAGUGUUGUGCAGUUACCCUCUUUAUAAUAUGGCAAUUUACAAAUGGCCAUCUUCUGUUAUUAAGAUCUGUGAAAAACUAAUAAGAAACUUUCUAUGGUCAGGUGAUGGUGAGAUUAGAAAGUACAAGACUUUAUCUUGGAAGAAGAUCUGUGUGCCAUACAAUGAAGGUGGCUUGGGUAUUAGAAGGCUAGAAGUAUUUAACAAAAUUUUGCUGAUGAAAAUGAUGUGGAAAUUGAUAUACUCAUCAGAUGAAUGGGCUAUGUUUUUUACAGCUAAGUUCAAAGAUAAAUAUGGUAUAUGGUUUUCAAAAUGGAAAUUAUCAUCUGUAAGAGCAGGUCUGCAAUGGGCUUGGCUUACUUUACAAGAAGACAUCUCUUGGAAGUUGCAGCAUUUGUUACAGUAUGAUAAUUUGCCUCAGAUCCACAGUGGAAGUGAUUCCAUAAUAUGGAACCUACAUACAAGUGGUCUGUUCAAUAAUGCAAAGGCAGUGGAGAAAAUAAGACACAAGGAAUACAAGGUAGAAUGGUCUUCUUAUAUAUGGAGAAAAUCUUUGCAUCCAACUAUUGCCAGCAACAUUUGGAAACUUCUGCAGGGAGUUUAUGUGAAUGAUGACAUGAAAAGAAAGCAGGGAUAUGAAAUGCCUUCUAGGUGCUGUAUCUGCAAAUCAGAACAGGAUUUUAUGGAGCAUACACUGUGGCUUUGUGAAUUCAGUGUUCAGGUUUGGAAUUGGCUUAGUAAUAUGUUUCAAUUUCCCAGGCCAUACUCUUUUUCAGAUGUUUUCUCUGCAGCAAAACAACACAGUCCUUUCAUUGAUGAAGUAUGGACUGUUUCUUCUUGUACUGUCAUUAAGGAACUAUGGUUUCAAAGAAACAGGAUUUUCUUUGAAGGUGGUGAUGUUAACUUUCAUGGCUUCAAGCACAGGAUAAUGAAGACAGUCAAAGAACAUGGAGUUAGAAUAAGAGGAGUUAGAUGGAAUAACAACUAUGAAAAUCAAAUUCUUAGUUACCUUAAAAUUGAUUCUUAA